AUGUCACGACCCCGACCCUUCACACGGCUGCUUGUUGCCAAUAGGGGCGAGAUCGCGGUGCGCAUCAUCCACGCAGCCCGUGAGCUGUCACCGCCAAUCCAAGUGCUCGCUCUUUACACAGAACAGGAUCGCUCUCACUGCGACCUGGGUCAUCCCAAUCAGGAGAUACGGGUGGAAUCGCCCGCAGCAUACCUGGACAUUCCGCUGCUGAUCCGUCUUGCAAAAGAGAAUGCCGUCGAAGCCGUGCACCCAGGCUACGGGUUCCUGAGCGAGAGCGCUGACUUCGCCCGCCGCAUGCACGAUGUCGGAGUCACGGUUGUCGGCCCAGGCUGGGAGACGCUGGCGAGGACCAGCGACAAGCUCCAAGCAAAGCAACUUGCUGUCGAGUGCGGUGUGCCUGUCUUGCCAGCCACGCCGACCCCAACAGCUGACAUCGCCCUGAUCCGGAAUUGGACACGAGAGGUCCAAUACCCUGUGAUGAUCAAAGCAGUCGACGGCGGUGGGGGGCGAGGGAUCCGUCUGGUCCGUGACGAUGAGAAGGCCGCAGUGGACGGAUAUCGCCAUAUCGAAGUGCAAGUAGUAGGUGACGGCGUUGACGUCUGUCAGCUUGGGGAACGCGAUUGCAGCGUACAACGACGAUUUCAGAAGAUAGUUGAGGUGGCCCCGUCUCCAAUCCUUGACCGAGCUCUGGUACAGCAGGUGCUGGGUGCGGCACUGCGCAUGGCGAAGACCAUUCGUUACCGUUCGCUAGGUACUGUGGAGUUUCUGGUCAAUGAGCAGCAAGGCCGAUUCUACUUUCUUGAGAUCAAUCCACGUCUACAAGUCGAGCAUACCAUUACAGAGGCGAUUCAUGGGAUCGAUCUCGUCCAGAUACAGCUGCGACUGGCGCAAGGGAAUACGCUUUCGCAGACUGGUUUAGAGCCCGCAUCACUAGUAGCUCCUCAUCUGUAUUCCAUGCAGCUACGGUUAUGCGCUGAGGAUCCCCAUGACCGCUUCUCACUCAGCACAGGCAAAGUGACGGAGUUCAUGUGUCCUGGUGGCAACGGGGUCAGAGUCGAUACCCAUGUGAACUCAACUGGUGGGGAACCUGUGACAGUUGGCACCCAAUUCGAUAAUCUACUCGCGAAAGUCAUCGUGACCGCAUCCAGCUGGGAAGCCACGGUGCUAAAAACUCGUCGAGUGUUAGCAGACACGAGAAUCGGCGGUAUCCGCACUAAUCUAGAUCUGCUGCGCGGGAUCACCAGUCACGACGACUUUCUGUCCGGCAGAAUCGACAAUCAAUGGUUGGAGUCGCGCCUAACGGAACUCCUGCAAAUGGGGAGCCGGGCGGGAACAGGUCACCGCGAACAAGCCCAUUCGAAAGCCAGCUUCUCGUCGCUUGUCGGGGAUCCAGCAUCGAAUCCACUCCUUCGCGGCGGCGACGCUUGGUCUAUUGUUCUCGAGCCUCUCCACUCUCCCCAGAAGCAACCCCAGGACACGGACGCCCUGCGUCAUCAUCUCCGGUUGACGCGCGUACUCCAGAACGACUUUCCCUCCUCCUUAGCCGCCGAAGUCGAGUACACCACCUCCACCUCGUCAGCAGCAUAUCGCCUCCAGCUCGCAGCCACUACAACUGCAGCGUCCGCCUUGGCCUCGUCAACCCAGCGGCGCGGGGACACUCGCAACCCACGACACAUUGUCCUCCCGCUUUCCGGCAGGCUGAUCGAGAUCUUAGUGGCGACCGGCGAUCAGAUAGCCAAAGACCAGGUCGUGGCCUUUGUCAAGCAAAUGAAAAUGGAGGUAGAGAUUCGCAGCCCCCGCGCGGGCCGUGCGCACUGGGUGUAUGAGAUGGAAGACGACGAGGACGAGGUAGCAGAAGGCAUGUUAUUGGUCGAACUGGAGGACAGCGCGGUGAAGGGGAAAUUGUGA